GCAGCGGCAGCGUUAGCGGCGAGAGUGGCGUUUUCGUCAGCGCUUUUGCCUCCGGCGGGGCGACGAGGAGUGGCGGCGGCGGCGGCGGCAGCACGGGCACACCGGUGUCUCUCGCUGGAGAUUUCUUUCUGCUUUCCUUAUCGACUGACUGACUCAUCCCCUCCCUGAUUAUUAAUAUUUUUUUGAGGAAGGGUGACCUCUGGGACUGGAAAAAAAUAUUUUUUUGUGAGCAAGGGUGUGUGUGAGUGUGUGUGUGUGUGAGGGGGGCGGGCGGCAGCGUCAGGGUUUGCUUCUUCUCUUCUUUCUUCUCUUCUCCUCCCCCCUUCGAAGACCGAAAAGCAAACCCCUCAACUGCUCCAGCAUCCUCCUUCCUCCUCUUCCUGCGCCUCCCUUCUCCAACCUCUUCGCAGUUUCGUCCUCUCCUCCGCUAAUGAUUGCAUUAUUAUUAUUAUGCUUCCUUCCCAGGGAGUGGGGUCUCGUUCCUCUCAGAUCGCUCCCCAACCCUACUCUGCCCUGGAUGCAAUUUCUUAAAAAUUUUGCAGCCUGGGAGUGAGUUUUCUCCGAGGCGUGUGUGAGAGGUGGCCGGGUGUGUGUGUGUGUGCGUGUGUGUGUGUGUGUGUGUGUGUGUGUGUUGUUUUCAAGUUCAUUGCCCCCACUUUUCCCGCGACCUUUUCGAACCCGAUUUUAGAUCCCCGGGUGGGGUGGUGGGGAGGAGGGUGUGCAGGCGUUUUGGGGGGGGGCGCGGCGGAGAAUGGCCGCGGGGAGGGCUCCCCGGAGCCUCCCAGUCUCUUGAUCAAAGCAUUCCGCUAUUCUGAUUUAUUGCCUGCUUGGUGAGUUAUUUUUUUUCCCCUCUAAAGGAGACCUGUGUGUUCAGCCAUUACUUUGCUCGGCGCUGCUCCCAGGCAUCUCCGACCCUCGGUGCGGCGGGGAGCCCCACACUUGGGCUCUGCGCCCCCCGUCCCUCCUCCCCUCUCUCCGCCCCUUCCCCCUUUUCUUUCUCCUCUCUUUCUUCCCCUCUCUCCCUUCUUUCGGCCGCCGUCUCCCCCGCGCCCUCCUCGGGGCGGAGGGAAGCCGUGAUCCGGGGAGGGAAGGCUCGGUGUCAGUUUUUUUUUUUUUUUUUUUUUUUUUUUGGUGUGUGUGUGUGUGUGUGUGUGUGUGUGUGUGUGGCCGCGGCCAGAGCCUGUGGCGGGCGGCAGGCAAGCGGGGGGACCCCGGCACAGCCAUGGAUGGCCCGACGCGGGGCCAUGGACUCCGCAAAAAGCGGCGGUCGCGGUCGCAGCGAGAUCGGGAGAGGCGCUCCCGGGGCGGGUUGGGGGCCGGUGGCGGAGGGGCCGGCCGGACCCGGGCGCCCUCCCUCGCCUCGUCGUCUGGCUCCGACAAGGAAGACAAUGGGAAGCCCCCGUCCUCCGCCCCGUCCCGGCCCAGACCCCCGCGGAGGAAGCGGCGAGAGUCCACCUCGGCCGAAGAGGACAUCAUUGAUGGAUUUGCCAUGACCAGCUUUGUCACUUUUGAAGCGCUGGAGGUCGAUGCAGGGCACCGGCCAGUCCUGGUCCCAACUCCUUUCAACGCUUCCCACUCUCCGAGCUUUCGCGCCUCUCUCCCUGCUGUGCCCACCGGGAUGCAACAGCAGCUGCAGAAAGAUGUAGCACUUAAGCCUCAGGAACGUGUAGAGAAAGGCCAGACUCCCCUGAGUAAGAAGAAACGAGAAGCACUUACAAACGGCUUGUCCUUUCAUUCAAAGAAGAGCAGGCUCAGCCAUCCACACCACUACAGUUCAGAUCGAGAAAAUGACCGCAAUCUCUGCCAGCAUCUCGGGAAGAGAAAGAAAAUGCCGAAGGGACUCAGACAGCUCAAGCCAGGGCAGAACAGCUGCAGGGACAGUGACAGCGAAAGUGCCAGUGCAGAAUCCAAGGGUUUCCAUCGGAGCAGCUCCCGUGAAAGGCUCAGUGAUAGUUCAGCUCCUUCCAGCUUGGGAACAGGCUACUUCUGUGACAGUGACAGUGACCAGGAAGAAAAGGCAUCAGAUGCCAGCUCUGAAAAACUCUUCAACACUGUUAUUGUAAACAAAGAUCCAGAGUUAGGUGUCGGCACACUGCCUGAACAUGACAGCCAGGAUGCCGGGCCGAUUGUUCCCAAGAUAUCAGGUCUAGAGAGGAGCCAGGAGAAGAGCCAGGACUGUUGCAAAGAGCAGAUCUUUGAGCCCGUGGUGCUUAAAGACCCCUGUCCUCAGGUCCCCCAGCCGCUACCCCAGCCACCCGUGGAGCCGCAGGUCCGAGCUCCUUCUCCAGAUCCUAACUUGGUGCCGCGCACGGAGGCCCCCACCCAGCCACCCCCUCCAAGUACUCAGCCGCCACAGGGCCCCCCAGAGGCCCAGCUGCAGCCCGCCCCGCAGCCUCAGGUGCAGCGGCCACCGCGGCCACAGUCCCCCACGCAGCUGCUUCACCAGGGCCUCCCGGCGGUGCAGGCCCACCCAGCGUCCCAGAGUCUCUCCCAGCCACUAUCCGCCUACAACAGCAGCAGCUUGAGCCUCAACAGUCUCAGCAGUAGCAGGAGCAGCACUCCAGCGAAGACUCAGCCCGCCCCGCCUCACAUCUCCCACCACCCCUCUGCCUCCCCGUUCCCCCUCUCCCUGCCCAAUCACAGCCCCCUACACAGCUUCACACCCACCCUCCAGCCCCCUGCGCACUCACAUCACCCCAAUAUGUUUGCCCCUCCCACUGCUUUGCCUCCUCCACCACCACUGACAUCAGGGAGUCUGCAGGUGCCCGGACACCCUGCCGGGAGCACUUACUCAGAGCAAGACAUCUUGCGCCAGGAACUGAACACACGUUUUUUGGCCUCUCAGAGUGCUGACCGCGGGGCCUCCCUGGGCCCUCCGCCCUACCUGCGGACAGAGUUCCACCAGCACCAACACCAGCACCAGCACACGCAUCAGCACACACACCAGCACACCUUCACACCAUUCCCCCACGCCAUCCCGCCCACCGCCAUCAUGCCGACGCCAGCACCUCCCAUGGUGCGUACCCCAGGCAGAAAUUUUGACAAAUACCCUACAAAAGUUGACCCAUUCUACCGGCACAGUCUCUUCCAUUCCUAUCCUCCUGCAGUAUCGGGCAUCCCCCCCAUGAUCCCACCCACUGGCCCUUUUGGUUCACUACAAGGAGCAUUUCAGCCCAAGACAUCCAACCCUAUCGAUGUCGCUGCUCGGCCUGGGACAGUCCCACACACUUUACUCCAAAAGGACCCAAGGUUGACAGAUCCUUUCAGACCUAUGUUAAGGAAACCAGGGAAGUGGUGUGCUAUGCAUGUUCACAUCGCCUGGCAGAUUUACCACCACCAACAGAAAGUCAAGAAACAGAUGCAGUCAGAGCCACAUAAGUUGGACUUCGGACUGAAACCUGAGUUCCUGAGCCGCCCUCCAGGCCCCAGCCUCUUUGGAGCUAUCCACCAUCCCCAUGACCUGGCCCGGCCUUCAACUUUGUUCUCUGCCGCUGGUGCUGCACACCCAACCGGAACCCCCUUCGGGCCACCUCCUCAUCACAGCAACUUUCUCAACCCUGCUGCUCACCUAGAGCCUUUUAAUCGGCCAUCUACGUUCACGGGCCUUGCAGCAGUCGGUGGCAAUGCCUUUGGGGGACUUGGAAACCCCUCAGUUACACCCAACUCAAUGUUCGGCCAUAAGGAUGGCCCCAGUGUGCAGAGCUUUAGCAACCCUCACGAACCCUGGAACCGGCUGCACCGAACGCCUCCGUCGUUCCCGACCCCUCCGCCCUGGCUGAAGCCAGGGGAGCUGGAGCGCAGCGCGUCCGCUGCAGCUCAUGACAGAGAUAGAGAUGUAGAUAAACGAGACUCAUCUGUUAGUAAAGAUGACAAAGAAAGGGACAGCGUUGAGAAGAGACACUCCAGCCAUCCUUCACCAGCACCUAUCCUCCCGGUGGGCGCCCUGGGACAUAAUCGCAGCUCUGCCGAACAGAUGAGGGGUCACUUGAACACCGAGGCUCGCGAGAAAGACAAACCCAAAGAGAGGGAGCGAGAGCACUCGGAACCCCGCAAGGACCUGGCCGCCGAGGAGCACAAGGCGAAGGAGGGCCACACACCCGAGAAAGACGCGCACGGUCACGAGGCCCGCGCCACGGGAGAGGAGGCAAAGCAGGGGCCCCGCGUGCCCUCGCCCUUCGCGCGUGCCCCCGCUGCGGAUGGCGCCCGGCCUGGCAGCACGUCCAGCCGCGAGGCCGAGCCACGCAAGGGUGAGGUGGCCUACGAGCACCCCAGGAAGAGCUCGGAGGUCAAGGUGAAGGAGGAACGCAAGGAAGACCACGACCUGGCGCCUGAGGCUGCCGCCGCCACGCAGGCCCACCGGGCCUCGGAACCGCCGCCGCCCAGCUCUUCAGCGGGCGUGCACGCAGGGCCGCUGGCAUCCAUGCCAAUGACGGUGGGGGUGACAGGCAUCCACCCCAUGAACAGCAUCAGUAGCCUGGACAGGACUCGCAUGAUGACCCCCUUCAUGGGCCUCAGCCCCAUCCCGGGCGGCGAGCGCUUCCCGUACCCCUCCUUCCACUGGGACCCCAUUCGGGACCCCCUGAGGGAUCCCUACCGGGAAUUGGACGUGCACCGCAGGGACCCGCUGGCCAGGGACUUCCUGCUGCGCAGCGACCCGCUGCACCGACUCUCUGCCCCACGGCUCUACGAGGCCGACCGCUCCUUCCGGGACCGGGAGCCCCAUGACUACAGCCACCACCACCACCACCCGCACCCCCCGCUGCCUGUGGAUCCACGGCGCGAGCACGAGCGGGGAGCGCACCUGGAUGAGCGCGAGCGCCUGCACCUGCUGCGCGAGGACUACGAGCACCCACGGCUGCACGCUGUGCACCCCGCCGCGCUGGACGGACACCUGCCGCAUCCCGGCCUGCUGGCGCCGGGACUCCCGAGCAUGCACUACCCCCGCAUCAGCCCGACUGCGGGCCACCAGAACGGGCUGCUCAACAAGACCCCACCCACAGCGGCGCUGAGCGCACCCCCACCGCUCAUCUCCACACUGGGGGGCCGCCCUGGGUCCCCGCGCAGGACUACCCCGCUGUCGGCGGAGAUCCGGGAGAGGCCCCCCUCCCACACGCUCAAGGACAUCGAAGCCCGGUGAGGGGGACAGGAAGGCCUGGACAUGGGGCGAGAGACACACAGCGAGUGGCCAAGGCACUCCCGCCUCCCUCCCACUGCGGGCGGGCGAGCAGCCCCAUUCCGCCCCUGUACAGUGUACAGACUCCGCGCAGAUUUUGAAAUGUUUUGUAUAUUAUAUGUUGAAAUUUUUCAGAUCUUUUAGCCAACUCGUAUGUCCUCAUUUCUCCUCUUUUUUGUUCCUUACAUGAAACUUUUUGAUUUGAACCAAAACAGUGACGAGGACAACACACACCAGUCAGGUGAUAAUUGGGGGGUGGGGGAGCCCCCGCGAUCAGUCACGAGAGCUCUUUCAGAUGGGAAGGGAAGGCCGUGUGUACAUAGCGUGUAAAAAAGAUUGCUUCAUGAGCUGAUGGUUCAUAUAUGCAAAAGGGUAAGAUGAAAGCUUUACUUUGUACAGAUGUAAAUAGAUAAAGAUUAAGUAACAUAAUACAUUAAUACUUCUUAAAAUGUGCUAUUUGCAAACCUGGUAUCAGUGAGCACAGUCCGCUAAAGCUGUGUUCCCGUAUAUUGUUAUAGACAGCUAAACCCUUCAACUAUGCAAUGAAUGUUAGGGCUUUUCACAAAAGCCUGCCUAACUUAAAGGAGCCUUUUCAGAUCCAUUUACAACAUACUUAAGGUCAUAUUUUCCCUAAACAAGCGCUUACGGUGAUACGACUCUGUUUUCCUUGCUUGUUUUUUUUUCAAAUGGAGAAACACCCUACUUCGAAAAGUGGACCCCAGGCUGGAACUUUGAAGUUGCUGCCUGGGGCUGGGGAGGCUGGGGGGAUGCACCCCGGCUAGGUAACUGAGGACAGGAGCAACCAGUGCUGGGGAAGAUGGGAUUGUCAGACGCCAGGAUCAGGGGGCACGUGGAGGUGUCCGUGGGAAGCAGGUUGCCAGAAUCUUCUCACCGCCAGUCAGGUGAUUCCACACACACCUCACGAGGGAACCAUUCCUUUUUUAGUGUGUCCUAAUUCAUAUCUGUACACACUUCCUCAUUUUGUAAUGCAAGUUAAUGACAUCCAAACAGAUCCUGAAAGAAAGCUUCAAGUUUUCUCAGAUGAUGGAUGUGUUUCACUGCUGACGGAUUUAAGGCGCACGUUUCCCAGUGUGACUCGUGGUAUUCCAGUUAGUCUUUAUGAGACUUUAUUUCUGGGAAUAGCUGAAACAGGUCAGCCUCGUGCAGCCUUCGAGAAUUACAGAGGGUGAAAGGUGGCAGAGAAAAAGUCUUGUAUGUGCGUGUGUUUUUGAGUUGGCAUCAGUCUUAUUGUCUCUUCAUGAUACUUUUAUAAUGCAUUAAGCCUCUUGUCUACAUACUUGGAGAGAAUAUGACUUUACUAGCAGAGAAAUACAAUAUAUCUUGUCUACUGGACUGUAAAAUACAUGUAUGAAAUAAAAUUAGUUCCAUUUGGUCUUCUAGUAUAUUAAAGUGCUAUCUGACGUUGUUAUCCUGUUUUUGCAAAAAAAAAAAAGUUAACUACAGACCAUUGUUUCUAAUAAGCAGAGAGAUCUAUUUUAGUAGUAAACUGAAGGUUUAGUUGUGAGCUUCAGAUUUUGUGAACACCAGAUGUUGUGCAGUGUUUUUUUUUUUUUUUUUUUUUUAAGGCAACUGAAAAAAAAAUCCAAGGAAUAUGUACACUGGAACUGUAGUGGUAGCUUUCGGUAUUGUAAAGAGAUUGUUCUAUCCAGACCUUUGCUGUUAAUCCUGUAUGUAAUAAAGUCCUUUCUAGAUCCUAUGUGAAAAGAAACGUGAAGCGACUGAAUCUUCAGCAUGUUCUCAUCGGCGGAGCCUCCUUGUGUUAUGUAAACUGUGCCAUGUCAUUAAAAAUGUGAACCAAGCUUGCCGCUGCUUGUCUGUGUGAGAUGGCCACCCUUGCUUAGGGAAGAAGCCACGCGUGCGCAAGAAACACCUCGACCUGGAGGCUCCCCCACUGGGCCGGCCACUCUCCCCAGCUCAGUUAGUGACCUGCCAAUUAGUUUUUCUAGACAUUCGCACCUCACACCAUGGGUUAUGGAUUCUUUUUUCUUUUGUGUGUUCUGCACAUAAUGCUGUAAAAGUCCGGGAAGCUGUCGCUGGGUCUUGCAGUAGACGAGCCCAUGUGUGGGCCAAAUGAGCAAGUGCCAUUUGUGUCUCGAGCCUGCUCCAUGCUCAUGGCAGAAGCCUUUGCCGCGUCCAUCUGCGCUGACGAGAAACCCGAUGCAGGUCCUGACCACCGUGCUCGCCGAUCUGUGGACUCCAUCCUUCGAUUCUAUGUUCCAGAUACUUUGUUUCUGUGUCUCAAAUGAUGGUGGCAUAUCCCUCAUCCGUCUGCAGACUUCUUCCUGUCCUCUAAAAUCUGUUUUGUUUUGUUUUUUAAGAUGUUAAAAAAAAUUGUUAAAGUUUCUUGUAUCAACAUGA